AUGCCUCUAAUCGGCCAUAUCGCAUCAUUAUCGCGGCUCUAUCGGUGUCUGAAAAUUACGGCGCUCGCAUGUGGGUCUGAAGUCGCUCCUAAGCGUACCCACCUCUCAUUGGCUAGCCCUUCGCUUCGAAAGUUCGCGCCCACACAACCGUUGUUGUAUGUUGAAAUAUUCAAGGUCUUCCCUUUUCUCAAUCGACUCGACCACCAACGACAACGACGACGACCGCCAACAAGUCUCGUCAACAUGGGACGAGUUAUUCGCAACCAGAGGAAGGGCCGCGGCUCCAUUUUCACGGCGAAUACCCGCCUGAACAAGGCACCGGCACAAUUCAGAAACCUCGAUUAUGCUGAGCGUCACGGAUACAUUCGCGGCAUUGUCAAGGACAUCAUCCACGACCCCGGACGUGGUGCGCCUCUUGCCAAGGUCGUUUUCCGCGACCCAUACCGAUUCAAGCUCCAGACCGAGACCUUCAUCGCCAACGAGGGCAUGUACACCGGCCAGUUCAUCUACGCCGGCAAGCACGCUGCUCUGACCGUCGGAAACGUUCUCCCAGUCGGCUCCAUCCCCGAGGGUACCGUCAUCUCCAACGUUGAGGAGAAGAUCGGUGACCGUGGUGCUCUUGGACGCACUUCCGGAAACUACGUUACCGUUAUUGGACACAACCCUGAUGAGGGCAAGACCCGCAUCAAGCUCCCAUCCGGAUCCAAGAAGGUCGUUCUCAGCAGCGUCCGUGGUAUGAUCGGUAUCGUUGCUGGUGGUGGACGUACCGACAAGCCCCUCAUGAAGGCGUCGCGUGCUAAGCACAAGUUCGCUGUCAAGCGUAACUCUUGGCCCAAGACUCGUGGUGUUGCCAUGAACCCCGUCGACCAUCCUCACGGAGGUGGUAACCAUCAACAUAUCGGAAAGGCUUCCACCAUUUCGAGAUACGCCGUCCAGGGACAAAAGGCCGGUCUUAUUGCUGCCCGCAGAACUGGUCUGCUCCGCGGUACCCAGAAGGUCAAGGAUUAA